CUUGUGGCUGAGAAUCGCUUCCCCUGAUGACGUGGCACUUCCAGCUCGUUAAACAGGUGAGAGAAGUUACGACGAGGAGAGAAGAGAUCGAAGCGCUACGAACUGCCCCUCGACCCCGUACUUACCGUGUAUCGGAUUUCAGAUUUUUCAGGAAGAAGAAAUGCCAGAAACCAGAGACCCCGCGAUUAAGCUGUUUGGGAAGACGAUCCCCCUGCGAGCGACUGAUGAUGUCCUGUCCAGCGCAGGCGACGGACCGGAAGUUCUCGAGACUUCUUCUUCGCAGGAGCAAAACCCGAAAGGAGGAGGAGAAGAAGAAGAGGAGGAUACAUUGAACAAAAAUCCCACUGAAGCUAAACAGAACGAUCAAGCAGCCCCAAUUCCUGAAGAGUUAACAGAACCCACCACAUCUUCAAGGAUAAAUGAGACUGCAAAGACAACUUCUGCCCACAUAGAACCCACAACUGCAAAUGCUUCAAAGACUGAGCAAGAACAGAGCGACACAAGUAUCUCAAAAGAGAAGACUCUAAAGAAACCCGACAAGAUACUGCCAUGUCCUCGCUGUAACAGCCUAGAUACUAAGUUCUGUUACUACAACAAUUACAAUGUCAACCAACCUCGCCACUUCUGCAAGAACUGCCAGAGAUAUUGGACGGCUGGUGGGACAAUGAGGAAUGUGCCCGUGGGAGCUGGGCGUCGAAAGAACAAGAACUCUGCCUCACAUUAUAGACACAUGACCUUGUCUGAAGCUCUCCAAACAGCUAGAACCGACAUGCCUGAAACAAUUCAUCGUGUUCCUCUGACACCCAAUGGCACUGUACUCAGUUUUGGCUCGGAUUCGCCUCUCUGCGAAUCGAUGGCAUCUGUCUUGAGCCUUGCAGAGAAAACAAUGCGCAACUGCCACCGGAAUGGCUUUCAUAGAACAGAAGAACAGAGAAUUCCAGUCUCCUGCGGUGGUGGCGAAAAUGGUGAGGAGCAAUCCAGUGGCUCUUCCAUCACAGCUUCAAAUUCUGCCGAAGAUGGAAACCAGGCCAAUAUGCCAGAGCCAGCAGCAGGGAACUAUCAAGGCUUCCCUCCUCAGUUACCUUGUUUUCCAGGGACUCCCUGGACUUAUCCAUGGAAUUCAGCACAAUGGAGCUCUCCAAUCGCACCACCUGCUUUCUGCGCUUCAAGCUUUCCAAUACCAUUUUACCCUGCCCCAGCUUAUUGGGGCUGUGCGCUUCCGGGCGCUUGGAGCGUCCCUUGGAUAUCACCCCCAUCCUCUUCUCCUACUGCUGGAUCCAGUCCUAAUUCUCCAACCUUAGGCAAGCAUACAAGAGAAGGAAACACACUAAAGCAAUGUGAUUCAGAGAAAGAGGAGACACACCAACAGAACAAUUCAGAGAGAUGUCUUUGGAUUCCCAAGACAUUGAGGAUUGAUGAUCCUGGUGAAGCUGCAAGGAGCUCUAUAUGGGCAACGCUGGGAAUUAAGAAGGACAAGGCUGAUGGAAUCAGUGGUGGAGGUCUUUUCAAGGCCUUCCGAUCAAAGUCAGAUGAAAGGAGUCAUACCACUGAGACCUCUCAGGUCUUGCACGCCAACCCUGCAGCAUUGUCGCGGUCACUUAACUUCCAGGAGACCACGUAAAAGGUUUGGUUAACAAGGAAAAAAAAAAUAAAAUCAGUUGUUGUAAAUGUUGGGAGGAAGGAGAUUCAACUUGUUGAGGUGAGUUUUCAUGACUGAGAUUUGCCACAAUUCCCUGCUUGAUUUUCGCAAAUGCAAUGGGUUGCACUUGAAAAUUGGUUAGGAAUGUGAGCAAGACCCAGGAAUAUAUCUGGCUUCCUCAGUAGAGGAGCCAGUCUUGAAGCAUCUCAAAUGGCUGCUCUUUUGUAACCUUAGAACAUGUGUUUGUUUUACUUAGAACUAAUGGUUUGGUGAGUUUGUGUAUAUGCAUGUUUAUAUGAGAUAGUGACAGAGAUGGUGAGAAAGUGGGGGAGAGGGAUUCUCAGAUGUACUAAAAUAAAAUUGUGAAUCCAAGUGAAGGGCUUUUUUUCCCC